AUUUUUCAUCUCAAGUAUAUUAAGAUGUUUGCCGUGGGUAUGAAUGAGACAAAUAGAAAACAUUCGACGUGACGCACCUGUCAAUGAUGAUUGUUUUGUGUAUUAUAUAUUUGUGUUCUGGUUGCAAACUUGAGAUUAAAAGAUAAGUUUAUUUUAAGUUCAAGGUCGAAAAACUGAAAUGAUAAGUGAAUUAAUAGGAAAAAUAUCAUUAAAUUGGUUUUAUUUACACCAUUUAUUUUGUGACAAUAUUUUGAAUCACGUGACCUGUAUUGAAUUUUAAUUGGUCAUCGGUGAGCGUGCCCUGCGCGACGCGGAGGCGCAAUAAUAGUUCACCAAAAUGCCGUCGGAAUCUAAGCCUUUGUUGACAGCCCAAACAGAAAAACCAAAUCAUUAUAAAUAUCUGAAGGAAUUCAGAGUAGAGCAGUGUCCGUCGUUUCUACAACACAAAUGUACACAACAUAGACCUUUCACAUGUUUUCACUGGCAUUUUAAUAAUCAGAGAAGAAGAAGACCCGUCCGGAAGAGGGAUGGCACUUUCAAUUAUAGCGCAGACAACUACUGUACCAAAUAUAACGAAACGUCAGGGAUAUGCGAGGAUGGAGACGAGUGCCCGUACCUACACCGUACAGCAGGUGACACGGAGCGCAGGUAUCACCUCCGCUAUUACAAAACAUGCAUGUGUGUUCACGAUACGGAUGCUAGGGGCCUCUGUACAAAGAAUGGGGCUCACUGUGCGUUUGCGCAUGGAGCACCAGAUCUUCGGCCCCCAGUCUUGGAUAUGAGGGAACUCCAAGCGCUGGAGAAUCCUGACGGGACUGAUGGCGAUGCAGCGGCUCCUAAUGCAUUAGAUAGAGAACGAAAUUUAAUGAAUGAAGAUCCAAAAUGGCAAGAUACAAAUUAUGUAUUGUCAUCAUAUAAAACUGAACCAUGUAAAAGACCACCUAGGUUAUGUAGACAAGGCUACGCCUGCCCUCAAUAUCACAAUAGCAAAGAUAAACGUAGAUCUCCAAGGAAAUAUAAAUACCGUAGUACGCCAUGUCCUAAUGUUAAACACGGCGAGGAAUGGGGUGAACCCAGUAAUUGUGAGGCAGGUGAUGGAUGUGGAUACUGUCACACGCGCACCGAGCAACAGUUUCAUCCUGAAAUAUAUAAGUCUACUAAGUGCAAUGAUGUGCAACAGGCCGGCUACUGCCCCCGGGGACUGUUCUGUGCCUUCGCCCAUGUUGAACCGGAAGACCUGGGCGGCGCCCGCGAGCUGGCCGCGCCGCUGGAGUGCGGCACCAACCUGGCCGAGCUGCUGUCGUCCGCGCUGCCCGAGCGCAAGGACGCGCCGGCGCCCGAGCCGCACGCCAACGGCUCCGGCGACGGCUCCGAGUGCGCCUCCACGUCCUCCGCGGGCUCCAGCGCCGGCCGCGCGCCGCCCGCCGGCCCGCCGCCCGCCUGGCCGCCGCGCGCCACCUUCGACGCCACCGUGCUGCAGGAGGUGGUCGGCAACGCGCUCGACGACCUGCACCUGGACGACCCGCGCCACCUCGUGGCCUCGCUGGACCGCGACCUGUCGGACGGCGAGGGCCCGCUGGGCGGCUCGGCGCCCGUCAACAUCCCCGCCGCGCGGCCCGCGCUGCGCGGCUUCAGCCCGCCGCCGGCCGGCUCGCCGCUGCCACCCUUCCUGCGCUACGCGCCCGGCGACCCCGAGCGCCUCUUCAACUCGCACAUGAAGGCGGGCAGCUUCGGCGCGAGCGGCGCCGGCCCCUUCGAGUUCGGCGCCGCGUCGCCCGGCGCGGCCGGCGAGCUGGCGCGCCUGCGCGAGGAGGUGGUGGCGUCGCGCGCCGCCGCCGCGCGCUGGGACGAGCGCAUCGCGCAGGCGCGCUCGGCGUGCGAGGCGUGGCAGCGCGAGUCGGACGAGGCCACGCGCAAGGCGGCGCUGGCGGAGCGGCAGCGCGACGAGGCGCGCGCGCAGGCGCUGGCGCUGAAGCGCGAGCUGGAGGCGGCGCGCGCGGCGCGGCGCGAGCUGCGCGGCCUGCCGCUGGCGGCGCUCAAGGCGCUGCGGGCGCAGGCGCGCGCCGAGCUGGAGGAGAUCGAGAAGCUGCUGUACCUGGAGACGGCCACCAAGUGCAUGGGCUGCGAGGAGCGGCCGCGCGCCGUCACGCUGGCGCCCUGCAACCACUACGUGCUGUGCGACGCGUGCGCCGCCACGGCCGACGAGUGCCCGUACUGCCAGACGCCCGUGGCGCGCCACCAGUGAGCCGACGACUGAGCUUUACUUUUUAAUCGACCGUGUGAUGAUGUUUUCUACGCAUGUUUAUCUUUUUUAUCGCGAGCUUUACGCCCGGUGGCGUAAAUUACGUCUAAGAUUGCGAUCGUGUGGGUGACGGACCGCCUCCUCGGUAGCUCUCUACUCGUUUAUAUCGAACGAGGGGUCCGACUGAAGAGUCACGUUCUGAACUAUCUACGAUCGCUAAAAUGUUUUCUUAAUAUUUUUAUAUAUAUACGUACGUUGACGUAUAAUAUCGGAUGAUAAUACCUAUAACUUCAUUUAGUGAAGAGCGAUACUUAUUCUGGUAAAUCUAUUGAAUGACAUUAAGUGCAGUAUUAUGAUUUUCGUAUUUACUGCCACACACGUUUGUAUUCAAUAUUAAAAGAUAUCGCGAUCCCUGUUACGUUGCAUCGAUACGACUACUAUUGACAUAAAAUUAAACACUCGAGAAAAACGAAUAUUGAUAGUAUAUAUUAAGAAAUGUUUACCUUUUUUUCUACUCUAUAGUAUAUUUUAACGAUAGAAUGGCAAAUUAUGUGUAACCAAAAUAAGAAUCGUUUAUAUAUUAUCUAAUAAGAUAUAGCUUCAGAAUCUUUUUAAUGAUGUUAUUACAUAUGGUGAAGGAAUAUACACACCAAAGCUAAGUGAGUAUUGAUAAAUGAGCGUUUAAAUACAGAUGCAUACAUUUUUAUAUUUGUCUAUUUAAAAUAUAGUGAUUUCUAAAUAUUUUUCAUAAAUUGAUACAAUUUUACUAUGAAAUAGAGCAUGAUAAUAACGAAGUAGGAUCUUAACGGGUUAAAUAUGCUUUCGAUAAUCGAUAACUUUCGUUCAAUACGUGUGUAUUAGUGGACUUGUUGCUUUUGUCAUAUUCACUUAACUAAAAUAGUUCUUUACUAAAGCAUAUAUUCGAAAUCAAUAUUUAAAGACAUUCUUAAAUCAACAUAUUAGUAGGUGAAAUUGUGUCAAAAGUACUGUACAACUGAGCAAAAAAAAAUGUGAUGGUAAGAUUAAAGUAUGCAAAAUAUAAUCAGAUACGUCGUAAAUAUGUGAUUGUACAGUGAUUUCAACACACACAGUGAUGUACAACGUUAAAAUAUUCUGAAUUUUUCAAAUUCGAUAAAGUGUUACAAAUGUAGAUGAAAAUAUAGAUAAAUCAAAUAAAAAUACUCAUUAUCUGACUAGCGUUCGGCUUAAAAUUGACGACAUUUAUUUCAAAGUUCACAAAAUCAGCUUCUUGUAUCAGCAUGAAUUUAUUUUUUACAAAAUUAUAACUUUAAUAUAAGUUCGAAAAAGUUCAUAAAAUAUUAAUGUUGAUGCAAGCAUUAUUAAAAUAGGAUUAGAUUUAUUAACUUUGAAAUAUAUGGAAGUGGUAGAUUUAGUUUUAUAUUCAGAGUUUUUGCAUGAUCGUAGAAGAUCUAUAUAAAUGUGACUAUUUAAAUAACUAUUCGCCUUUCAAUCGAGUGUUGUUAGUUAUUUUUAGAUUUUCUAAACUUGAAAUAUGACAGCUUUCUUCGUUUGCA